AUGGUAACUGAAGUGACCGUGACAAACCCUCCAGAUGCAGUGCUAGCCGGUAAACCCACCAACUUAACCUGUGUGACCUCAGCUAGUAAGCCCCAGGCCUGCAUAAGGGCGUACAUACGGAGACCCGGUAAUGUCCGGGAGCUAGACUCGCGUGCCUGUAACCAAGACUCCAGCAAGGUACAGACCAAAACCCGGACAAUGACGCUUACAACUAGAGCCGAGGAGAACGGAGCUGAGCUGUACUGUAACGCCUCCAACAGUGUGACGGAUCAGCCUGUACGCUCACAAGUCUACACACUCAAUGUACAGUAUCCUCCACAGAGUGGCGUCCGCCUGUCAGGUUAUGGUAACAACACAGCCGUCGAAUCUGGACAAAAACUGACCUUGACCUGUCAGGUGGGAAAGGGGAAUCCCAAACCAGCACUGUCCUGGUCAUCAGAGUGUGGCCAGAAAAACACAGUCCCUGGUAACGAUGGAAGUCAGCAGAUCAGUAUCAGUAUAACCGUCAGUCCGUCCCUGAACCGGAAGACGUGUGUGUGUAAGGGGAGUCAAAACGGGACGUUGUCAAGAUGGACGGAGCAGAAAAGCAUAACAUUUAAUGUGUUGUUGCAAGAAGAGUAA